AUGAAAAAUAAACGCCUUUUACAACAACGCGAAAACAGGAUUAAACAAUGGGACAAAGAAACUCCAGAAAGCGGAGAAGCCCGGAGGCAAGCGGACCUUGAACGGUAUCUACAACGUUGUGCAGCACAGACUCCCCAAGAUCGAGAAGCCCAUCUGGAAAAUAUACGCAGACAGCGGCUGGAACGUUCAGCAAGCGAAAUAGAGUUUGAAAAAGCAAUUAACACAUUUUGUGAUCAAUUUUGUGAAGUUUGUACAAAACGAUGCUACCCUAACCAGGUUUCAAUAUUAAAAUUUUCUAAUUAUAAACCUAAUUAUUUGCCAAUUGAAUUACUCCAAAAAAAACAACUCUUACUUUGUCAUCGCUGCAAAACUCAUCUGUCUAGUCGAAAAACUACUGCACCUCCAAAAGCAUUUUGGAAUAAACUUGAUCCUGGCGUUAUACCAAAUGAAAUCCACCUUCUUUCACAGGCAGAAAAACGAUUACUGUCGAGAAUAAUACCAUUUGUAAAAAUUAUUAAGUAUGAUGGCUUAUAUGGACAGUGGGGUUUCAAAGGCCAGGCAGUUCUUUUUGCACUAGACAUUUUUGAAUUCAGUGAAAAAUUACCGGAAAUUUUGCCAAGGUCAACCCAUGAAGCGGGUAUUAUCGUUGUUACUGAACGUCUGGAAAAUCUAAACAUUACUAGACAAUGGUCAAUAAAUCGCGAAAAAGUGUUUAAAGCUUUAGAUUGGCUAAUAAAAAAUAAUCCACUAUACAAAGACGUUCAAGUUAAUCACAAUGUAGAGCUUAACGAGGAAAACUUGAUAAGAAUAACCCAAACAACAAAAAAUAUAGGAGUUAAUCAGCCGCAGGAACCAGCAUACAAAUAUAUAAAUAAAUUAUCAAGAAUUUUAAGAGCAUCUUGGCAUCAAAAUAGUUCUUAA